AUGGAUGAUGAUUUCUCAGACGCCUCAGAGCUAAGCUCUCCUCCAUCAUCUCCCAUCGCUCCUCCUGGCUUCUUCCCUUCGCCGCCGCCAUCACAGGAGGACAAACGCCAAGAAGGGCCGCCCGCCAGCAAGCGACGCCGAGUCGCGACCCCCAAAGUGCCCAAGGAGCGCGUUUCUCGCGAGCUCGACCUCACGCCAGAUUCGCUUCUUUCGCAGCAAGAACAGCAAUCGCAAGUUGAUCUACUUGUCAAGACUCUUCGGAAACACCGCAAAGUUGUCGUCAUUGCUGGUGCGGGCAUCUCAACAUCUGCGGGUAUUCCGGAUUUUCGUUCCACUGAUGGCUUGUUCAAAUCGCUACAGAAGAAACAUAAUCUCAAGGCGUCUGGGAAACUCCUUUUCGACGCCUCCGUCUACCAGGAUGAUACUCUGACCGCGUCGUUUCAGGACAUGGUGCGGUCGCUGUCGGAAGAAGCUGAGAAAACCAGCCCCACGGCCUUUCACCACAUGCUGGCCUCUCUUGGGCAGGAAAACCGUCUUACACGGUUGUAUACGCAGAAUAUUGAUGGCAUUGAGACGGCUAUGCCCCCACUGGCGACCCAGGUCCCCCUCAAUGUCAAGGCCCCAUGGCCGCGCACAAUCCAGCUUCACGGCAGUCUGGAUAAGAUGGUCUGUCAGAAAUGUCGUCACCUGGGAACCUUUGAUCGCGACAUGUUCGCCCGCCCCGACGCCCCUGAAUGUCCCGAGUGCUCGCGCACCAACCAAUUCCGUCUCGAAACCGGCCAGCGCAGUCAUGGUGUGGGCAAGAUGCGACCCCGCAUUGUCCUCUACAACGAACACAAUCCCGACGAGGAAGCCAUCACAUCAGUCAUGAACGCGGAUAUUCGCUCGCGUCCGGACGCGUUAAUCGUCGUUGGCACCAGCAUGAAGAUUCCCGGAGUGCGUCGCCUGGUGAAGAGCCUCUGUCAUGUGAUUAAAGGUCGCAAAAACGGAGUCACCAUGUGGAUCAACAACGAGCCGCCAACGGGCAAGGAAUUUGAAGACUCGUUUGACCUGAUGGUCAAAGGGGACUGCGAAGAAGUCGCCAGGUUAGCCAACCUGAGACGCUGGGACGACCAUACGGCAGAAUUCGUCGAAGAGUCCGAGAUGGAGCAAGCCAAGGGCAAGUUGUCUGUUGUCAUUGAGACGCCCAAGAAGAAGCAGAAGACCAUCACGGCCUUCCCCACGCCGUCAUCCAGCCACGACGAGGAUGUGGAGCUGCCGCAUAAAGCAUCUGCCAAGGGGGGUCGUCCCACCCCAGCCAGUCGCGGACGCAACCUCAAGGAUGUCCUUGGUGCCGCUAAGACGAAUCCUCCGAAGAAACAGCCCGCAGCCAAGAAGCCUGCUGCUAAGCCCAAGGCUCCCAAGAAGGGAACCAAGGCACAGCCCACGAACAGCAAGAUUACCAAAUUCAGCGCAGUCACCAAGGGCACAGCAGCAGGUACUGACAAGCUCUCCAAAGAGGAAGCAUCCAAGGCUAUGCUUCCACUUCCAGCCGGAGCAGCCCGCACAAACGGCCUUAUGUCUCAGCAGGCUGGUGAUAAGUUGGAUACGAUCCAUUCGCCUUCGAUUCCGAAAGGAUUCGACAAUUUGUUGAACCGGCCCGUGUGA